AUGUUGCCAUUGGCGGCCGAGCCGGCGGAGUCGCAGUCGGAGGCGUCUGGUGCGAGUGAAGGCGGUGCUAAGAAGAAGCACAAGGGGUUGUGGCGCAAGUUGGUGUCGGCGGGCAAGACGAAGCAUGCCUCGGACAGCGAGAGUUCGAAGAAGAAGUCGUCGUCCUGGGCGCCGAAGGGCUGGCUGGGCGGACGACGGAAGGGCAAGCACGCCGCGCCCGCGCUCGCGCGGACCAAGAGCGCA